AUUGUCAUCAAGCAUCAUCACGGCUACCAUUUUCUCUCCUAAACUUUUUGAAACCUUUUGCAAGCCUUUUGUUCUUUUUUUCACAAGCAAAGCCUGAACCCAUAAAAGCUAGCUAGGGUUCCUUCACAGUAAAGCUCAAUCUUUAACUUUCAAGAAACCAAAUUGAUAACUACCCUUUUCUUGUUUCAAUUUCUACUUAAUUCUUUUGUGUGCUUAUUCUCAAUCUUGCAAUUCAAUCUUCCCCCCACCCUUCAGUUUCUUGAUCGGUGAAUUCAUGGUGGAUUCGGCGAUAUAUACUGUAAUGCUGAGCGCGUGGUGUUGGAGAUGGAAAUUUUUUCCGAAUCUUGUUGAUGGGUUUUGAUAUUGUGUCUUCUAGAUUUAGGGAUUGACAUCGCGUGGUCUGAAGUGAUUUCAAGAAUUUAGGAUGAUGGAGGAUAUUGGUUUGUUCAAGCAAGGGUGGAAAUGGUUACAAUCGAAGAAGCAGUUUUACUCAGUUGCAGGGACUGCGGCUACUUGUUUCAGGGACAAAAUUGGGAUUUUCAGAGAGCGGCAUUGGCCGGUGGUUUGUCGCGUGUGUGCAAGAUUAGGGAGGGUUCUGCGCCUCUUGUUGAUAUAUUGGAAGCAGUGUUUUGUUAGAGGAUUUUGGUCGUUUUUUGGGCUGGGUUCAGCAGAUUUGCUUUUUAUUAUGUGGAGUUGCUUCAUUAGUUUGACAUCAAUGUCUUGCCUGGUCAAUGCACUUCUUAGUAUGGGGAUUGCCGGGGUUGCCGUCCAGUAUUUGGGUUACACUCCUGGACUUUUUAUCGUAGGUCUUUGUGCUAUUUUAGUUUUAUGGAUGUAUGCCAACUUUUGGAUCACGGGUACAUUAUUUAUAGUUGGAGGUUGUUUGUUUUUCCUAAACCAUGCUCGCUUGGUUAUCUUAGUUGCUACCAUCUAUGCUGUCUAUUCUGUAAAGGUUCGAGUGGGAUGGCUUGGUGUUGUGUUGUCAGUAUGUCUUUCCUUUCCCUCUAAUGACUUGUUGAAUAAUGUGCUUCAAUGGUGUGACAAUUUGCGGGAAAGCACACACUUUGAAGAACAGAAAGAAUCAAUGUUAUUCAGCGAUGACGACUUUGUGGAAGAUUGUGACCAAUCUGUUCCUACUGAUGAAGAUGAGAAGGUUCGUUAUUGUAAAUCUUCUAGCACCAAGUCGCCCCCUAGCAAAAGUUCGCCAUCACCAAGCAAAAAAUCGUCAUCACCAAGUGAAAAUUCUCCCACUUCAACUGUUGUCAAAAAGCUGAAUGAAUCAUCUUCUAAUCAUAUAGAGAAAGAAGUGGUGAAUGCUCCCAAUGAGAUGAAAAGAAUUUUGGCAAGCGUGAAUCAUUAUGAUGCGCUGGGAUUAUCUCGCUCCAAUAAAAUUGAUGCUGUCUUGUUGAAAAAGGAGUAUCGGAAAAAGGCCAUGAUUGUGCACCCUGAUAAAAACAUGGGGAGCCCACUUGCAAGUGAAUCGUUCAAGAAACUUCAAUGUGCAUAUGAGGUUCUUUCUGAUACUACGAAGAAGCGAGAUUAUGAUGAACAACUUAGAAAGGAAGAAUAUAAGAGUGUUGCACAGAAAUCUUCUGAUACUUCUAGUCAGGGUAGAUCGGAUUACUGUUCUGAAGAGUCUAGACGUAUACAGUGCACAAAAUGUGGCAACUCACACAUUUGGGUUUGCACCAAUAAGACAAAGACCAAGGCAAGAUGGUGUCAGGAUUGCUGUCAACAUCAUCAAGCUAAGGACGGAGAUGGAUGGGUUGAAUACCGAGGUUCUCUGGUGCUUAAUCGACCUCAAAAGGUGGAGAUUCCUCGUGCAUUUGUUUGUGCUGAAGGCAAGAUAUUUGAUGUAUCAGAAUGGGCUAUUUGUCAGGGAAUGGCUUGUAGGCCAAAUACCCAUCGUCCAAGUUUUCAUGUAAACAUGGUUGGAUUGGAGAAAUCAACUCAGAGAUCCAACUCAGGCAGAUAUCCUUGGAAUUUGGAUGCCAAAAUGAUGGAUGAAGAUGAAGAUUUCGAUAUUUGGCUUCAGCAAGCACUAGCCUCUGGUCUCUUUUGUGAGACGUCAAAACGCAGAAAGAGCUGGAGUCCCUUCAAGUUGCCCCAGAAGAAAGGAAAGAAACCCUGGAAAAGGUCACCUUGACUGAUAGUAUCAGAGGUGGUCGUAACAGACCUCCCAUCUGGAUGAUCCCUGUAGCGGAGAGAACUUCAUAUUGAUGAAAUUUGACCUAACCAAACGUCAUGUACAAAAAAAUGCUCGAUUACUGUAAUUCAUCAACCAAGUUGGCUGAAGAGCUCAGCAGGGCCUGGUGAAACUGAAUUUAACCUCGGACUUCUACAAAUAGUUCUGUUUCCAGAUUUCAAGGGCUCCAACGUUGCAGUUCGACUUUAUCAUUUUUCCCAGGCAAGUUAACCUUGUUGUACAGAACUGUGCUGAUUGUAAUUGCUGUUAUAACUUAAUAAUAGCAGGGAUUUGCUUUAUAUGCAGUUUUAAUAAUGAAAAAGAAAAGAGAAUUAGUUAGGCUCA